GUGCACAGAAACACCUAACUCAUUUGUGACAGGGUCGUCUCCACGGCUUAUGACCAUUUGACUGAGCAUUCCACAGAAUUUUCUAUACCAUAAAUGUAUGUAUACUUUACUCAACCCUUGAGGUAUACUGUCUGCUAAAAACAUAGGAGAGGGAAUUCAAUAUACGUUAUUACCAAACUUUUCCAAGGAAUAAACACCUGAAUUCGUGGGAGGUCCCAAGCACGAGACAGCAUUCUUGUAUUGGUUUCAGGCGUUGUGUCUCUCAGACAACCCUGUCUCUCCUGCUUAUAUGUAUAUAUACAGCUAUAUAUAUGAAUCAAAGUGCACAAAUCUCUUGUCAUCCUCUCAUCCAUCAACAAGAAAAUAGUUAUUUCACGUAGAGUGGUCAAAUGGAGAGCGUACCAUACUGGCUUAAGCAUGCAGAAGAGGGCGAUGAGGUGAAGGGAGAAACGGCGUUACCAGCAAUACCUCAACCAGAAACACCGACAGAGCCAAUGGAGUUCUUGUCGAGGUCUUGGAGUCUGUCGGCAAGUGAAAUCUCUAAAGCGAUUGCUAGGAACCAGAUGCAGCCGGCAUUUGACAUCAGUUUCAGCAGCAUUCCUGAAACAGAUACAGCACCGUAUUUUCCUACCAAAGUCAUGAAACCAGUAAAUGGACGAACACGAGCUGGGGCAAUCGGAAGGUUGUUCCAUCACAAGGAGUGUAAUGUCACCAGCACCGUCAAAAAGAAGGAUAAGGUCCGAAUGGAGAAUGCCCACACGCAUGCUGUUCUCUCCAUUGCUGGACUGGCAGCAGCCUUAGCAGCUGCUGCUUCGGCAGAGAAAUCUAAAGAUUUAAGCUCAAAGAUGAGCAUGGCAAUGGCAUCAGCAACUGAACUCUUGGCCUCAUACUGCAUUGAGUUGGCAGAAUCAGCUGGUGCAGAUCGUGAGCGUGUAGCCUCUGUUGUAACAUCAGCAGUAGGAAUCCGCACUGCAAGUGAUCUGUUAACUCUGACAGCAGCAGCAGCAACCGCUCUGCGAGGAGAAGCAGCUCUGAGAGCAAGAUUGCCUAAGGAAGCAAAGAGGAGUGCAGCUAUAAGUCCUUAUGAGCAGGUCAUGGUAGAUUGUCGUUCUCCAGAAGCUUUUCAUAGUGAGAUCGAGGAAGAGGACCUUCCCUGUGUUGGUGACUUACUACAGCUCACUCGCAAAGGUGUGCUACGAUGGAAACAUGUCUCCGUCUACAUCAACAAGGCAUGCCAGGUAACAAUCAAGUUGAAGAGCAGACACGUCGGUGGAGCCUUUUCCAAAAAUAAUAAAAGUAUAGUGUAUGAAGUCAUUGAUGAGAGUGGCGGAUGGCCAUUUACAAAAGAAAGGGAAAACAUGGAAGUGUACUUUGGGGUGAAAACUGCACAGGGGCUAUUGGAGUUCAAGUGCAAGAACAAAGUACAUAAACAAAAAUGGGUGAAUGGAAUUCGAAAACUUCUCCACCGCAGAAGUCAGUUUCAAGAGGCUGAUGACUCCGAAAGAGCAUUGAAUAUCAAUAAGAGCAUUUAAUCACUUUUUGGGCAGACAAAUUUUGUUAAAGUUUCUCUUCUGAAUUGAGAGUUCCCUUUAUAGUACAUAGCCCCGUAUGGUAAGAG